GGGGUUCAAGCUGACAGUUCAUGCACGGUCCUGGCGAAAUGGCGCCGCCUAGUGGCGGUAGCCGCGCUUGCGCCAGCGAGCAGUGUGAAACCGAAAGUAGGUGUGAAGGAGACGCUCGGGGCUGCAGGGCAGCGGCCGCUUCUGCAGGAGCAGGAACGCGAGCGAGUGCAAACGCAGGCCCAGCUGUUAAUAGUAGCAACACCAGCCCGCAGCUGCUGCAGUGCGGCCGUGCGCGUCCGCCACACACAGUCGGCUUCAACCCGAGCCAUGGCUCGCAGGCUUCAGGAUGAGGUGGUGGAGCUGGAGAAGAGUGUCCGGCGCCUGCGAGAGCAGUUCUACGGCAAGGUCUCUAUCGAGGUUGCCACGGUGCUGAUGCGUCGCUAUGGUAACAACCACCAGCUGGUCGCCAUGGAUAUCAUCCUGAUGAAGGACAGAGGGCUGGACGAAGAGGACAUGAUGUGCUUGAAGAGAGACGCGGUGGUCAGGAACGUUGUUCAGAAGCUCCAGGCAGAAGAGCAGUCCCAGGAGCUCGCCCCAGGCCCGGCCCCAGCCCCGCCCAGGGGCCCGCAGAUCGCCCAGAAGAGAACUCCCGUCGACGAUGGUGAUAUUAAGCGUUUCCCCUGUGUGUCCCAGGUGUCUCGCUGUCAUGGAUGCAGGACGAAGUAUGACCCUGUGCCCCCUAAUCUAAUGUGGGGCCUCGCAGAGUUUCACUGCCACCGCUGUAACCGCACCUUCAGAGGUUUCGGGAGGAUGGACGUAGGCUCCCCCUGCUACACCUGCCACAUCCCGAUUUUACCCAUCCGGAUCCUGCCCCCCCGGCGCAGCAACGGCCCAAGACAAAGGAACCAGCACAGCUGCUGCGCUGAGGACUGCUACAACCGGCAGGAGCCCCACGUUCCCGGGACGGAGUGCGUGCACCCCCGCAGCCGGACGAGGAAUCACAAGCCACGGGUGGUGAACCCCAGCCCCCUGCACGCCAGCUCGGGCUCCACGGUGGCCACCUGUCUGAGCCAGGGCAGCCUGUACGACCUCUACCAGCUCAUCAUGGAUGACAUCUGCGAGGAGGAGGAAGAGGGGGGGGGCGGGGCCAGCAGUGGCAGCAGUACCCAAUAGGAGCUGGGGUCUGCCUGCUGUGGGUCUUGGAGGGGGUGGGGCCACAGGAAUCUGUUCCGCCUCUCCAACACAGACACACAAUCAAGAGCCUGGAUCACAGCAGACCCUUCCUGCCUGCCCAGCAUUGGCAAGCCAGGAGCCCGUAUGGGUAGCAGCAAGGAAAGCUCAGAGACACAAAGCAUGAACUGGCCUGCAGCUGGGUACGGAGGGGCGGGUGGACGUGGUGACAUGAUCCCUGCCAUAGAGGAGCUCUCCUGCACAGUGACUGCCCUGCUGUGGGCUGUCUCCACUUCCACACCUAGCUCAUACAUCUGUGCACGCCUGUGUGUUGUUGGGUGUCAAGCAGGAGUGUGUGUGCAGGUCUGUGUUGUUGUGUGUCCAGCAGGAGUGUGUGGUGCAAGUGUGUGUUGCUCUUGUCCUUUUCAAGCUUCCUUGAAAACUGUUCUAGGAGAGUCAGGACCCUCCUGGCACUCAAAAGUACAAGAGAAAAUACAUUGUUGGAUUUGUACCUUUUGUAAAGACUGACAGUCUUUAUUGCAAUAAACAUGCUUGACAUUAAAAGAAAAAUAC